AUGCACGGCGCGUCGACGCUCCCCGUAGACAGGACUGACCUCUGCGAGCAUGACCUGGGGGAGGACAUCUACGACUGCGUCCCGUGUGAGGACGGAGGGGACGACAUCUACGAGGACAUCAUCAAGGUGGAGGUGCAGCAGCCCAUGAAGAUGGGCAUGACCGAGGAUGACAAGAGGAGCUGCUGCUUGCUGGAGAUACAGGAGACCGAGGCCAAGUACUACCGGACGCUGGAGGACAUCGAGAAGAACUACAUGAGCCCCCUGCGGCUGGUGCUGAGCCCGGCGGACAUGGCGGCCGUCUUCAUCAACUUGGAGGACCUGAUCAGGGUGCACCACAGCUUCCUGAGGGCCAUCGGCGUGUCCGUGACGGCAGGGGGCGGCGCUCUGGCCAAGGUCUUCCUCGAGUUCAAGGAAAGGCUCCUGAUCUACGGGGAGUACUGCAGCCACAUGGAGCACGCCCAGAACACGCUGAACCAGCUGCUGGCCAGCCGGGAGGACUUCAGGCAGAAGGUCGAGGAGUGCACACUGAAGGUCCAGGAGGGAAAAUUCAAGCUGCAAGACCUGCUGGUGGUGCCCAUGCAGAGGGUGCUCAAGUACCACCUCCUCCUGAAGGAACUUCUGAGCCAUUCUACUGACCGGCCCGAGAGGCAGCAGCUCAAAGAAGCACUGGAAGCCAUGCAGGACUUGGCGAUGUACAUCAAUGAAGUUAAACGGGACAAGGAGACCUUAAAGAAAAUCAGCGAAUUUCAGAGUUCUAUAGAAAACUUGCAAGUGAAACUGGAGGAAUUCGGAAGGCCAAAGAUCGAUGGGGAGCUCAAAGUGAGGUCCAUAGUCAACCACACAAAGCAAGACAGGUACCUGUUCCUGUUUGACAAGGUGGUCAUCGUCUGCAAACGGAGGGGCUACAGCUACGAGCUGAAGGAGAUCAUCGAGCUGCUCUUCCACAAGAUGACAGACGACCCCAUGAACAACAAGGACAUCAAGAAGUGGUCCUAUGGCUUCUACCUGAUUCACCUUCAAGGAAAGCAGGGCUUCCAGUUCUUCUGCAAGACGGAAGACAUGAAGAGGAAGUGGAUGGAGCAGUUUGAGAUGGCCAUGUCAAACAUCAAGCCAGACAAGGCCAACGCCAACCACCACAGCUUCCAGAUGUACACGUUUGACAAGACCACCAACUGCAAAGCCUGCAAAAUGUUCCUCAGGGGCACCUUCUACCAGGGUUACCUGUGCACCAAGUGCGGCGUCGGGGCGCACAAGGAGUGCCUGGAGGCAAUGCCUCCCUGCAAGACCAGUUCUCCGGCAGACCUGGAUGCCUCUGGAGCGGGACCAGGUCCCAAGAUGGUGGCUGUGCAGAAUUACCAUGGCAACCCGGCUCCUCCCGGGAAGCCUGUGCUGACCUUCCAGACGGGGGACGUGAUCGAGCUGCUGAGAGGAGACCCCGAGUCCCAGUGGUGGGAGGGCCGGCUGGUGCAAACCAGGAAGUCAGGGUACUUCCCCAGCUCCUCUGUGAAGCCCUGCCCUGUGGAUGGACGGCCGCCCGUGAGCCGGCCACCGUCCCGGGAGAUCGACUACACUGUGUACCCCUGGUUCGCGGGCAGCAUGGAGCGGCAGCAGACGGACAACCUGCUCAAGGCCCACGCCAGCGGCACCUACCUGAUCCGAGAGCGGCCCGCCGAGGCCGAGCGCUUCGCCAUAAGCAUCAAGUUCAACGACGAGGUGAAGCACAUCAAGGUGGUGGAGAAGGACAGCUGGAUCCACAUCACAGAAGCCAAGAAGUUCGACAGCCUCUUGGAAUUGGUGGAGUACUACCAGUGCCACUCGCUCAAGGAGAGCUUCAAGCAGCUGGACACCACACUCAAGUACCCCUACAAGUCUCGGGAGCGCUCCGCCUGCAGGGCCUCCAGCCGGUCCCCAGUGUUCACGCCCCGGGUCAUCGGCACGGCUGUGGCCAGGUACAACUUUGCAGCCCGGGACAUGCGGGAGCUCUCGCUGCGGGAAGGCGACGUGGUGCGCAUCUACAGCCGCGUGGGCGGGGACCAGGGCUGGUGGAAGGGCGAGACGAGCGGACGGAUCGGUUGGUUUCCGUCAACGUACGUAGAAGAGGAGGGUGUCCAGUGACCGCAGGAGCACAGCAGCCAUGCGGAUUUCCUCGGGAGAGUCGCUCCAGCUCCAAAGCCUGUCUCUAGCUCCUCCAUGACUCAGAGGGGAAAUGCUCUCCAACUUUCCAUGGCCCACAGGGAGGGGGAGGGUGUUCAAAAUCCCAAGUGUGACCGUUUCUCCGUCAGUCUGCAGCUGGAUGUGCUACUUGUACAUAGAGGAAACCUAGGCCAGCCCCCUAGAGCGCGAGGAGGGGGAGCACCGGCAGUGCUGUGUGGCCCUGGGCGACAGAAGCUCGCUGCUUGCCCCUCAGGCUGAGCUGGCAUUCAGGAGCCUCAGUUCAGAGAGCAAAUCUGUCCAGGGAGGGCGGGGGCAGCAGAGGGGACCUGCCCCAGCCCCUCUGCUCAGCCUCUGCCCUCAGCCUGCUGCUCCUGCUGCUCUGGGGGAGGCCUCGGGCCUGGAGAGGCAAACGGGAGCCGGGCUGUGCCGAGCCCCGGCCGUGCCUGGGCAUGGGAGGGGAGAGCCUUGCACGGGGGCCUUGUGGUCCUGGCUCCCUGGGGCUGCCCAGACCUCCUCAAUUCCCUCCACGCCAGGGGCGUGCAGAGACCCCACGGCACCCCCUCUCUUGGGAGGAGCCUCAGGAAGGAGGCUGUCGCUGCGCCUACUGCCCAGUCGAUGGUACUGUUCUUUGCCCUGCUCACCCUGCCCUGCAGAUAGGCAGAUACGUCUUUGCAGACCCCGAAACGGGCAGGGAAGGAAACGCAGUUUUCCCUCGCCAGGCCCCUGCCGCUCACGGGCUUGUCCAGGAGGCGUCCCAGUCUGGGCCUCCUCUCCCUGCCAGGUGGUCCCGGAGGCCCUGCCCAGCCUUUGCACGAGAUGUCGGUUCUAGCGUGGGGGGACCUGCUUCUGGGAGCUUAUGCAGCCCACGCUGGGCCUGUGGCCAUCCCAGAAUAAGUGCUCUUGGGGGUGCUCCCCCUUCCUGACGACUCCUGGCCUUUGACCUCUGGCUGGUUUAGCCAGACCCUGUGUUCUCUACCCUGAUGUUGCAUGAGACCUGGGGACACUAGCUCCCUGCCAGCUCCGAGCCAAAGCUUCUGCUGAGACCUGGGCUGCCCCUCCCUUCAGCCACCUGCACAGCCUAUGGGAGGAGGGGACCGGGCCAUGGCCAGGUGUUGGGGAGACUGGUCCCUGUAGAGGGCGGGGCCUGGGGACAAGGUGGGAGGCUCAGAAGGGUGGGGGCGGCCAGCGGAAGGAGACCCUGCAAAGUCUUGAGACGUGGAGGCGCCUUGGCCAGGGAGCGCACGCUCAGGCCUGUGUGUCGUGUGCACGGAGCACUUUGGAGGGACCCUCAGCCCCGCCGGGAGCCUAGGACGGCAGGGGGACCAGCUAGCCCCCUUUGUGUUUACUGUUGUCAGAAAGUUCUUGUGUGUUGGUUUUGGGAUUUUUGU